UGACACAUGUCCUGUCUUCCUGUUCCAUACAUCUAUGAGUGAAAUGUCGUGUGAAUAAUUUUUCGAAUUCUGUUUGGGAUUUUAGACAUUUCUUAAAAAAUAUUUCAAUUCUCUAGAUUGAGAAGAAAAGUACUUCUCUGGUUACAAACAGCUAGUAUUGUAUAUAUCUGUAUGUGGUAUUAUUAUUUACAUUCAAGGUGAUGACUACAGACUUUUGUAAUGGCUGUACAGAGUUAGUUGGACCACCACCCAUACCACCACCAGAGUUCUUGCCCCAGGAUGAAUGUCAUGACAUCAUAUCCACCUGCCAAUUCUUGUCUAGUCAAAAAUCUGUAUGGUCCAAUUUUUCAGAAGGUUGUCUCCAUACAGUCACAGUUAGCACUGCUGCAAUUACUACCUCUGAAAAAACUACCAGAACUACCCCUGAAAACAUUGUACCAGUUGUCACACAGAAAUACCCUCAACUAGUCACGGCAAUUAUUUCUAGCUAUACAACUUUAGCUGGUCCUGUCUUCAAUGUGACAAAAUCUCCCCAAUCAUUAUUUUAUGCAGGAUUCCCUGCCUGGUUAAUUGGUGUGAUUGUCGUUGCUGUUCUUGCAGUCAUCAUCAUUGUUGUUAUCAUUGUAGUGUGUAUCAUGAAAAAGACAAAAGGAGAGAGAUGUCUGUUAAAUCUGAGGAAAGUUUUUUCCAUCCAAUUUCUAACAGAAAAAAGACUCCAAAUAAAGAGGUCAAAUAUAUCCAGAUGGAUUUCUUCACAUUCAAAGUGUUGGAAAAAAUGGCCAAGAUGUUUUUCUAGUCAAUCAAGCAUGUCAUCGAAUCAUAUAAAGAAUGAAAAUACAAGAAUUGAUCUACCAGACAUCAUCCAAGAACCACAGAGCCCUAGUGCAGAAUCGCCCCUUAAUUACAGUUAUUCAGAUGGCUCUCCAACAAUUCAAUUUGAUAUCACCUCAGAAUUUGGUAUAGAGGUAUUCAAAGAAAUAGAACAAAGCAAAAUGAAAAAUACUCAUUCAAACAAGGACUCCAACAAUUAUUGUGAAUUUAUCAAAAAUGAAGCUCCUUCCAUAGACAUUGAAAAGCAAAUGAACAAAAAUAAAAACAGUGAAAUAGUUGCAUGUGUAAAUGUGAUUAAUGGGGAACAUCAGUUAGUGGAUAAUUCUAUGUCAAACAGACAAUCUCUGAACCAUCAUGAUGGAAAUAAUGAUAUAUUGAAACUUGACAGAGGAACCUUUAAAGAAGAUUUGGUGGAGAAGUUAGAACAUUUAGCUGUAUCAUCAGAUGAUAUUGUGUUAUGUGAUAGUACCCCUCAAAGUUUGACUGUUGACAGUGGUUAUGCUUCCAGACAAGUAUCCAAGGAUAACUGUUCCUGCUAGUACAUAUAUAUGCAGUCAUUUAGAACAAACUUUGAGCAAAACUAUGUGGUUAAAUAUUUCUUUUCAGGUUACUGCAUCAACUAUGCAUAUGCAAGCUUUAUGUUGUCUUUUUCAUUAACUUUUAAUCGACAAUAGUUGUAAGAUACUUUAAAACAAAAAAAAUCAUUUUGAAUGUUUUUAUACGACCGCAAAUUUUGAAAAAAUUUUCGUCGUAUAUUGCUAUCACGUUGGCGUCGUCGUCGUCGUCGUCCGAAUACUUUUAGUUUUUCGCACUCUAACUUUAGUAAAAGUGAAUAGAAAUCUAUGAAAUUUUAACACAAGGUUUAUGACCACAAAAGGAAGGUUGGUAUUGAUUUUGGGAGUUUUGGUCCAAACAUUUUAGGAAUUAGGGGCCAAAAAGGGCCCAAAUAAGCAUUUUCUUGGUUUUUGCGCUAUAACUUUAGUUUAAGUUAAUAGAAAUCUAUGAAAUUUUGACAAAAGGUUUAUGACCACAAAAGAAAGGUUGUGAUUGAUUUUGGGAGUUUUGGUUUCAACAGUUUAGGAAUUAGGGGCCAAAAAAGGGCCCAAAUAAGCAUUAUUCUUGGUUUUCGCACAAUAACUUUAGUUUAAGUUAAUAGAAAUCAAUGAAAUUUAUACACAAUGUUAAUGACCACAAAAGGAAGGUUGGUAUUGAUUUUGGGAGUUUAGGUCCCAACAGUUUAGGAAUUAGGGGCCAAAAAGGGACCCAAAUAAGCAUUUUUCUUGGUUUUCGCACCAUAACUUUAGUACAAGUAAAUAGAAAUCUAUGAAAUUUAAACACAAGGUUUAUGACCAUAAAAGGAAGGUUGGUAUUGAUUUUGGGAGUUUUGGUCCUAACAGUUUAGGAAAAAGGGGCCCAAAGGGUCCAAAAUUAAACUUUGUUUGAUUUCAUCAAAAAUUGAAUAAUUGGGGUUCUUUGAUAUGCGGAAUCUAACUGUGUAUGUAGAUUCUUAAUUUUUGGUCCAUUUUCAAAUUGGUCUACAUUAAGGUCCAAAGGGUCCAAAAUUAAACUUAGUUUGAUUUUGACAAAAAAUUAAUCGGUUGGGUUCUUUGAUAUGCUGAAUCUAAAAAUGUUUUUAGAUUCUUGAUUAUUGGCCCAGUUUUCAAGUUGGUCCAAAUCGGGGUCCAAAAUUAAACUUUGUUUGAUUUCAUUAAAAAUUAAAUAAAUGGGGUUCGUUGAUAUGCCAAAUCUAACUGUGUAUGUAGAUUCCUCAUUUUUGGUCCUGUUUUCAAAUUGGUCUACAUUAAAGUCCAAAGGGUCCAAAAUUAAACUUAGUUUGAUUUUAACAAAAAUUGAAAUCUUGGGGUUCUUUGAUAUGCUGAAUCCAAACAUGUACUCAGACUUUUGAUUAUGGGCCCACUUUUCAAGUUGGUCCAAAUCAGGAUCUAAAAUAUUAUAUUAAGUAUUGUGCAAUAGCAAGUCUUUUCAAUUGCACAGUAUUGCACAAUGGCAAGAAAUAUCUAAUUGCACAAUAUUGUGAAAUAGCAAUAUUUUUUUUUAAUAAGAGUUAUCUUUCUUUGUCCAGAAUAGUAAGCAAGAAAUAUCUAAUUGCACAAUAUUGUGAAAUAGCAAUAUAUUUUUUUGAUUGGAGUUAUCUUUCUUUGUCCAGAAUCAACUCAAAUCUUUGUUAUAUACAAUGUAUAUUUACUUUUUACUACCAACUGAUAAAUUAAAAUAAUCUUUACCAUUCAGUGAUAACAAGCAGUUUUUUUACAUCUUAAUAUUUUAUGAUGUAUUUAAAUGAGUAGUUAUUGUUGCAAACUCCAUUAGAAAUUUAAUUGAGAUUAAUUUGGAAUAAGGGAAAGGGGGAUGUGAUUAAAAAAAAAUGGGUUCAAUUUUCUCAUUUGAAAUGAAAUUUCAUAAAUAAAAUGAAAAUUUCUUCAAACAUUUUUUUGAGAGGAUUAAUAUUCAACAGCAUAGUGAAUUGCUCUAAGAGAAAACAAAAAUUUUAAGUUCAUUAGAACACAUUCAUUCUGUGUCAGAAACCUAUGCUGUGUCAACUAUUUAAUCACAAUCCAAAUUAAGAGCUGAAUCCAGCUUGAAUGUUGUGUCCAUACUUGCCCCAACCGUUCAGGGUUCAACCUCUGCGGUCGUAUAAAGCUACGCCCUGCGGAGCAUCUGGUUUCUAUAUAUAUGUACAAUUGGUAUUUUAAUAUCAAUUAUGGUUCACUGUUUGUCAAAAAUAUCCAUUGAUACCUAAAUUUUAAAUAAGGACAAACCUGUGCCAGUAGAAAAGUUUUAAGACCUAGCUUUAUGUAAAGGUUGAAUGUGUUUUGUAUUAACCCAAAGACUGUUACAUUGGAAUCUGUUAUCAUUCAGGUUUCUCAGCCAAAUCUUCACUCCAUAUUGUUUCCUUUUAUGUAUUAAGACCAAAGUAUAAUAGACAGACCUUAUCUGAGAUGUAAACUCAUAUUCUUUGGAUUUUAUCAUAGUGGUAUAAACACAUUUUCAAAGUUUAAUGGGAUAAGAACCACAGAACAAAUAUGUUCUUAUAAUUUUCAUAUGAUCUGCUUUCUAUACAAACAAGUUUAUACAAAACAUUUCCUUCUGAACACUAUUACAUUAUACAUUGUCACUGGUUAACUAUGGGAAUUUUUUUUUUAACUUUCCCAAGAGGUUGUUUGCAGUUACAAGCAUGCAAUUUACUGUACACUGAAUCUCUUUGAUGAAUUAUCUGAGUAACUUUUGAUGCCGUUUUAUUUUCAAUAUAUAAGUAAAGCAAAUCACCUUAUUUUUAUUUAUUUAAAAUUUUUUAAAACAGGAUGUACCUAUUUAUUUUACAGAGAUUGAUCAAUGGUUUACAAACUGUAGUGCUUUGUAUAUUGUUUAGUUGUACAAAUUUAUUGUUGUAUAUUUUGUUUUUAAUUUAUUUUAUCAAGUGCAAUUACCAUUAUUUAUGUUUUAUGUUGUAUUUUGUAUUUUAGUUCAAGUUUUUAUUGUAAGUUUGUUCUUAGUUGUUUUUUGUUUUUUUAAACUGUGAACAAAAUUUUAUAUAAUUUCCAAAAAUCUAAAACUUUUCUAAUUUGUUUAGGAUUUUUUCUCUUAGACUACAAUUUUUUUGAAAACUCAGUAAUAUUUGUUGUCUGCCUAUCUGUUACAUGCAUUGAAAUUGAGACAGUUUAUCUCAUACCAUAUCUAGAAGACAGGAAUUUUACAUAAAUGAUGUUGGUUCUUUUAAAAUUCCUAAUACCGUUAAGGUUUGAAAUAUGAGGUUUUAUACCUAACGUAAUGGUACCCAAAUUUUACCUAUUUAGCAAAAAUAGCAGCAAAUAUCUUACAAGAUUUCCUAGAGACUAAUCAAUUUGUAGUUUAUGAUUUGAUACUAUGCAAAUCUUUCAACAUAGGUAAAAAAAAAAAAAUAUACACAAAACAUUCACAGUAUUUAUCAACAGAUGAAGUGUUUACUGAAAAAGCAAAAUGUAUGGAAACGUUGCCAUGCGACGUCAUCAAAACAUCAUCUUUUUAAAAUUAGCAAA